AUGGUUAAGAGAGGCGGUGCGUUUAAGGUGGAACCUGUUUGUCUGCUUCAGGUGAAGUAUUGGUCCACCUGCCUGCAGCUCUCCGCUCAGUCCCGACCUGCAGAGCAAACAGCAGCAUGGGGCCGUGACUCUGCGCUGAAACUUCUGGGACAAAACUUCAGCAGCCAGAACAGCUGCCUGGUGGACCCUGAGCCGUCACACCGCAGGGGAAGGAGUCUCUCGGAGGCCCUGACCCUGGAGCGAUCGGAGGAAGGAGGGCUGGUGGUGUCCAGCAUCGACGACUCCUCAGCAAACCAAGGACUAAGAGAAGGGGAUGAACUUUUGGGGGCAACCAUCAAUUUUGAUCGCCUGUCAAGAGACGAGGUCCUAACAGUGCUGAAGAUGAUGGAGCCGUACGAUGACAAAGUUCAAGUCCUCACCAGGAAAAACAAGAGCAAGAGCCUCGGGAAUCUGGACCAGUGUGCCAAGAGUCCUGAGACGAUGCUGAACGAUGCCUACAGCAAACUCUACAAUACCAAAAUCAAGAAGUUCAUGAACGAGGAGGUUGCCGCCGAUCAAGCUGUACCAGUCUCAUCCAAGGUCAACCUAAAGAAUGACACGGGGUUACCACGUCUCGGAGUGGACUUUGGACUGAUUAAAGCCAAAACUCGGACCACAGAUGUUGAUGAUGAUUCACCAACUGAAGAUGCUGCAGAAAUAUCGUAUGACAGCAAUCUGAACCUUCCGCCGCUGAGUGUUGGCUCAAAUGGGACUACUCUAAGUGGAGCUCAGGUAUCGAAACUGAGACUUGAUGCUAGAAGUCCACAGUUUAGCGAUCUGGACUUCAAUCUGUCAGGAACGUUACCACAGGGUUCAGCUGGUAAACAGCUGCCAAACACUGACGGUCCAUCAGUUGACUUGACAAUGCCAAAACUUGAAAGACCUCAUAUUGGACUGGAAAGCAAUGGGACUUUUAGAGCUCCAGAAGUGGGUAUGGACUUUAGUGGUCCAGAUGUUGAUACCCCAGACAUGGGGAUAAACCUUAAUGGGGGUAAUAUCAGUGGUCCAUCAUUGGACACUGGGGUUCCCAAAGUGAGCAUUGAUGGGACAGACAAAAAAUUAAAACUGCCAAAAUUCAAAGUGCCAAACCUAGGCCUCACUGACGCUUCUUUUAGAGGUCCAGAUGUUGAGGUCGAGACACCAGAUUUAGGAACCCCAGAUGUUCCCUCAGGUAAACUCAGCCUCAAGAGACUGAAAAAUCCAGAUCUAAAUGUGGAUGAUCUUUACGCUCGUGUAAAAAAACCCACGAUCAAGCUAUCAGGGGCGUCCCCUGAAGUGGACCUGGAGAUGCCCGAUGUUGAUGUGUCACAACUUGACGGGCCGAGCAUUGACAUGCCUUCAGGGAAAGUCAAAGUGCCAUCUAAGAAACCAAAGUUUGGUGUUAAACUUCCAGAUUUAGAUGUGGACGCCCCUGAUAAACUGACAAUGCCCAAAUUUGAAACUGAAACAGAUAUCAAAACACCUGACCUAGGUCUCAAAGCACCAAAGUUUGGUGCUAAACUUCCAGAUCUAGACGUGGACGCCCCUGGUAAACUGACAAUGCCUAAAUUUGAAACUGAUACAGAUAUCAGAACACGUGACCUAAAUCUCAAGGCGCCAAAGUUUGGUGUUAAACUUCCAGAUCUAGAUGUGGAUGCUCCUGGUAAAUUUACAAUACCUCAAAGUCACAAAGCACCAAAGAUUCGUGCACCUGAUUUAAGUCUACCCACAGCUGACCUAAAAGGUCCAAAUUUGGCGAUUGGCACUCCAUCGAUUGACGCUAAAGUUCCAUCUGGACAAUACAAGCCUCCAAAGUUUACAAUGCCCAAAUUUGAUUUACCAAACAUUGCAGUUCCAGGUUUUAAUGGAGAUUUAGAGGGACCAGAUCUCAAAGCUGGAAUUAGAGACCCACAUGUUGACAUAAAGUUACCCUCAACUGAAUUUGAUUUUGCAAACGCAUCUGGAAGACUCAAAAAGCCAGGCUUUGGGAUAUCAGGGCCGAAAAUUAAAGGCCCUGAAUUUGACUUGAAAACUCCAAGCAUGGAUGUAUCCACUCCAAAGCUGAACCUUAAUACCCCUGAUGUGGAUGGGAACAUGCCUUCUGGUAAACUAGGCUUUGAUGCACAUGCUCCCAAGAUAAAAAAGCCUAAAUUUAAGUUCUUUGGCACAUUACCAAAGAAAAAGGAUGUGGAUAUCAAAGCAGGGUUGAAAACACCAGAACUAGCCCUGAAAUCCCCAAAGAUAAAAGGCAUAGAUAGUCCUGACCUGAGUCUGCCAAAUGUGGAUCUCAAAGCUCCAAAUCUAGACCUCCAAGCACCCGAUGUAAACAUUGGUUCACCCAAAGGAAAAUUUGGGAUGCCAAAUCUGAAUAUGCCCAGCUUAGACUUGUCAGGUCCAAAAGGCAGUUUGAGUGGUCCAGACAUGGAUAUCAAUGCACCCAAUAUCAAUCUUAAAGCUCCUAAAGCUGAUGUGGAAAUGCCAGAUUUUGAUAUUUCAGGUCCAUCUGGAAAAUUCAAAAAGCCAAAUUUGAACAUGCCUAAUUUUGGCUUUUCUGGUCCAAAGUUGGAUGGCCCUGAUCUGAACCUUAAAACACCUGAUCUAGAUAUAUCUGGUCCCAACCUCAGUGGUGGAUUAAAUGCACCAGACCUAAACAUGCCCAAGCUUGACCUCAAAAGCCCAAAGCUGGACCUCAACAUGCCAUCAGGUAAACUGAAAAUGCCGGAGCUUAAUGCUCCAGACUGGGAUGUUAAUGCUCCCUCAGGAAAAUUGAAAAUGCCUAAAUUUAAUAUGUCUGGCACAUUGCCAAAAGGACCAAAUCUGGACAUUAACACUGAUUUUAAUUCACCAGAUUUGAAUCUGAAAGCGCCAAAGAUAAAGGGUGGACUUGGUACUCCUGACUUGGACUUACCUGACAUGGACCUCAAAGCCCCAAAGUUUGAUGUGAACACACCAGAUAUCAACAUUGGCUCACCCAAAACAAAAUUCAAGAUGCCCAAAUUAAAGAUGCCUAAAUUUGGUCGUCCAAACCUAAAAGGACCUGAGAUUGAUGGAAACCUGGAUGGUCCAGACAUGGAUAUCAAUGUGCCCGAUAUCAAUCUUAAAGCUCCUAAAGCUGAUGUGGAAAUGCCAGAUUUUGAUAUUUCUGGUCCAUCAGGUAAAUUCAAAAAGCCAAACUUGAACCUACCUAAUUUUGGACUGUCUGCUCCAAAGUUGGAUGGCCCUAACCUGGACCUCAAAACACCUGAUCUAGAUAUAUCUGGUCCCAACCUUAGUGGUGGAUUAAAUGCACCAGACAUAAACAUGCCCAAGCUUGAUUUUAAAAGCCCAAAACUGGACCUCAACAUGCCAUCAGGUAAACUGAAAAUGCCAGAGCUUAAUGCUCCAGACUGGGAUGUUAAUGCUCCUUCAGGAAAAUUGAAAAUGCCUAAAUUUGGUUUUCCAAACCUAAAAGGACCUGAAAUCGAUGGCAGUUUGAAUGGUCCAGAUAUGGAUAUCAAUGCACCUGAUAUCAAUCUUAAAGCUCCUAAAGCUGAUUUGGAAAUGCCAGAUUUUGAUAUUUCAGGUCCAUCUGGAAAAUUCAAAAAGCCAAACUUGAACAUGCCUAAUUUUGGCUUUUCUGGUCCAAAGUUGGAUGGCCCUGAUCUGAACCUUAAAACACCUGAUCUAGAUAUAUCUGGUCCCAACCUCAGUGGUGGAUUAAAUGCACCAGACAUAAACAUGCCCAAGCUUGACCUCAAAAGCCCAAAGCUGGACCUCAACAUGCCAUCAGGUAAACUGAAAAUGCCGGAGCUUAAUGCUCCAGACUGGGAUGUUAAUGCUCCCUCAGGAAAAUUGAAAAUGCCUAAAUUUAAUAUGUCUGGCACAUUGCCAAAAGGACCAAAUCUGGACAUUAACACUGAUUUCAAUUCACCAGAUUUGAAUCUGAAAGCUCCAAAGAUAAAGGGUGGACUUGGUACUCCUGACUUGGACUUACCUGACAUGGACCUCAAAGCCCCAAAGUUUGAUGUGAAGACACCAGAUAUCAACAUUGGCUCACCCAAAACAAAAUUCAAGAUGCCCAAAUUAAAGAUGCCUAAAUUUGGUUUUCCAGACCUAAAAGGACCUGAAAUAGAUGGCAGUUUGAAUGGUCCAGAUAUGGAUAUCAAUGCACCCGAUAUCAAUCUUAAAGCUCCUAAAGCUAAUUUGGAAAUGCCAGAUUUUGAUAUUUCUGGUCCAUCUGGAAAGUUCAAAAAGCCAAGCUUGAACAUGCCUAAUUUCGGCUUUUCUGGUCCAAAGUUGGAUGGCCCUGAUCUGGACCUCAAAACACCUGAUCUAGAUAUAUCUGGUCCCAACCUUAGUGGUGGAUUAAAUGCACCAGACAUAAACAUGCCCAAGCUUGACCUCAAAAGCCCAAAGCUGGACCUCAACAUGCCAUCAGGUAAACUGAAAAUGCCGGAGCUUAAUGCUCCAGACUGGGAUGUUAAUGCUCCCUCAGGAAAAUUGAAAAUGCCUAAAUUUAAUAUGUCUGGCACAUUGCCAAAAGGACCAAAUCUGGACAUUAACACUGAUUUUAAUUCACCAGAUUUGAAUCUGAAAGCUCCAAAGAUAAAGGGUGGACUUGGUACUCCUGACUUGGACUUACCUGACAUGGACCUCAAAGCCCCAAAGUUUGAUGUGAAGACACCAGAUAUCAACAUUGGCUCACCCAAAACAAAAUUCAAGAUGCCCAAAUUAAAGAUGCCUAAAUUUGGUUUUCCAGACCUAAAAGGACCUGAAAUAGAUGGCAGUUUGAAUGGUCCAGAUAUGGAUAUCAAUGCACCCGAUAUCAAUCUUAAAGCUCCUAAAGCUAAUUUGGAAAUGCCAGAUUUUGAUAUAUCUGGUCCAUCUGGAAAGUUCAAAAAGCCAAGCUUGAACAUGCCUAAUUUCGGCUUUUCUGGUCCAAAGUUGGAUGGCCCUGAUCUGGACCUCAAAACACCUGAUCUAGAUAUAUCUGGUCCCAACCUUAGUGGUGGAUUAAAUGCACCAGACAUAAACAUGCCCAAGCUUGACCUCAAAAGCCCAAAGCUGGACCUCAACAUGCCAACAGGUAAACUGAAAAUGCCGGAGCUUAAUGCUCCAGACUGGGAUGUUAAUGCUCCCUCAGGAAAAUUGAAAAUGCCUAAAUUUAAUAUGUCUGGCACAUUGCCAAAAGGACCAAAUCUGGACAUUAACACUGAUUUCAAUUCACCAGAUUUUAAUCUGAAAGCUCCAAAGAUGAAGGGUGGACUUGGUACUCCUGACUUGGACUUACCUGACCUGGACCUCAAAGCCCCAAAGUUUGAUGUGAACACACCAGAUAUCAACAUUGGCUCACCCAAAACAAAAUUUAAGAUGCCCAAAUUAAAGAUGCCUAAAUUUGGUUUUCCAGACCUAAAAGGACCUGAGAUUGAUGGAAACCUGGAUGGUCCAGACAUGGAUAUCAAUGUGCCUGAUAUCAAUCUCAAAGCUCCUAAAGCUGAUUUGGAAAUGCCAGAUUUUGAUAUCUCUGGUCCAUCUGGAAAAUUCAAAAAACCAAACUUGAACCUGCCUAAGUUUGGGUUGUCUGGUCCAAAGUUGGAUGGCCCUAACCUGGACCUCAAAACACCUGAUCUAGAUUUAUCUGGUCCAAAUCUCAGUGGUGGUUUAAAUGCACCUGACAUAAACAUGCCCAAGCUUGAUUUUAAAAGCCCCAAACUGGAUCUCAAUACCCCAAAUCUCAACAUGCCAUCAGGUAAACUGAAAAUGCCAGAGCUUAAUGCUCCAGACUGGGAUGUUAAUGCCCCCUCAGGAAAAUUGAAAAUGCCUAAACUCAAUCUUUCUGGUACUUUACCAAACGCCGAUCUGAAAGCUCCAAAGAUAAAGGGUGGAAUUGAUGCCCCUGACUUGGCCUUGCCUAACGUGGACCUUAAAGCUCCCAAAUUGGACAUGAACACUCCAGACCUCAACAUUGGUUCACCCAAAGCAAAAUUCAAAAUGCCCAAAAUAAAGUGGCCUAAGUUUAAUUUUCCAGGCCUAAAAGGACCUGAGAUUGAUGGAAACUUGGAUGGUCCAGACAUGGAUAUCAAUGCACAUGAUAUCAAUCUUAAAGCUCCUAAAGCUGAUGUGGGAAUGCCAGAUUUUGAUAUUUCUGGUGUGUCGGGUAAAUUCAAAAAGCCAAACUUGAACCUGCCAAAUUUAGGCUUUUCUGGUCCAAAGUUGGAUGGCCCUGAUCUAGACCUCAAAACACCUGAUCUAGAUAUAUCUGGUCCCAAUCUUGGUGGUGGUUUAAAUGCACCGGACUUAAACAUGCCCAAGCUUGACCUCAAAACCCCCAAACUGGACCUCAACAUGCCAUCAGGUAAACUGAAAAUGCCAAAGAUAAAGGGUGGAAUUGAUGCCCCUGACUUAGAUUUGCCUAACAUGGAUCUUAAAGCUCCUAAAUUAGACAUGAACACUCCAGACCUCAACAUUGGGUCACCAAAAGCAAAAUUCGGAAUGCCAAAUUUGAAAAUGCCUAAAAUGAAUCUGCCAAACCUCAAGGGCCCUGAGAUUGAUGGAAACUUUGAUGGCCCAGACAUUGACAUCAAUGCAGCCAAUGUCAACCUUAAAGGGCCCCAAACUGACUUUGAAAUGCCAGAUGUUGAUUUUGGCAGCCCAUCUGGAAAAAUUAAAAUGCCGCAUUUGAAGUUCCCUGAUGUGGGCUUCUCUGCUCCAAAGUUUGAUGGCCCGGACUUGGACUUAAAGCCCCCGGAUUUUAACGCCAAAUUACCAAAAGGUCCAAAAUUGAAUCUAAAUUCAGACCUAAAAACUCCAGAUUUUAAUCUUAAAGCUCCAAAACUGAAAGGUGGAAUUGAUGUUCCCAAACUGGGCUUACCAAACAUGGACCUCAAAGCUCCCAAGUUGGAUAUAGACACUCCAGAUGUCAACCUUGGUUUAGCUGAUGCAAAGUUCAAAACGCCCAAAAUCCAGAUGCCAAAAGCCCCCAACAUUGAUAUUGAUGGUCCUAAAGGAAAAUUUAAAAUGCCAAGUUUAAAUACACCAGACCUCAAUCUCUCUGCACCGAAGGUAAAUAUGCCAGACAUGAAUCUCUCAGGACCUAAACUGAAAGGCAUAAAUAUGCCAAACUUAGAUUUGCCUGAUACCAAUUUCAAAGGUCCCAAGAUAGACCUCAAUGCAAAACGUCCUGAUUUUGGAAUAAAUGGCAACAUAGGGCGACCUGACAUUAACUUAAAUGCCCCUAAUGUCAGAGGUGGAAUACGGGGUCCAGACAUUGGCAUGAAUGUUCCCUCAGGAAGCUUCCAAGGUCCUGACUUCGAUUUGGCAGACAGAAGAUUCAAAGACCCAUCUUUCAAGACGCCUCAGUUCGGAGGCCCAGAUCUGAACAUGACAGGGGCUGAUAUCGACUUUGCAUCAAUGAGACCAAAUAUGAAUAUUACUCCUCCCAAUCCAAUGCUGAAUAUGAAACCACAACAGUUGCAGGCAGAUUUUACCAGUCCAAACGUUAUUACAUCAAACGUGCCUAGAGUGGCAAUGAGGAGUCCCCAGAUGAAUGUCAGAUCCCCAGAUCUUAACCUUGAUGAUCCUUCGCUGAGUCUCAGGGGACCUUCUUACAUUAGCCACAGAACAGAUGUUCAAGGGGUUAACAUGAGAAUGCCCGCCCUGGACGUAGAUGGAGACAUGAGACUUCAUCACUCCGGUAGGCAGCCGCCAAGGCCCAAAGCAAGGUCCGGCUACCCUCGGCAGGACGCUAGUUUCGGCCACCACAUUGAGUUCAACCGUCCCGAUCUCAACAUUGACGAUUUCACAGGAAAGGAACACGUGCUUCGAGCCCGAGGUUCCAAAAUGAACUUCCAGGCACCACAAAACUAUGGACAGGCGAUCUCCCCGCCAGGUGUUAAUAUAAACAUGAGGGACCCAAGACAGGCCCGGAGAGUUCCGCCUCCUGGUUACGUUGAUCCGAGGCAUCACCACAGACCGGACAUGGUGCAUAACGCACGUCUGCCCCGUCUAGCUCACGAUCAGAAAAUAAGACUCCCCGACAAUUCAGAGGCAUACUAUGUCACUGCUUUUCAAAACGAAGCGCAAAAUCAAAGAUCGCCAAACCGCAAAUACAACACACUCGGGGGACCUGUCUUUCGUUCGGGAAACAUGGACCUUGAGUUCCACCUCCUACCGUCAGGUGUCACAACUGCGUCCGUGUCUGACGUCAUCAACACGCGCCACCACACGGAAGACGACGGCGCCGCGACCUUUCCCUUCACGCUGUAA